CGCAGUUGAGCAAACAAUAAACUUGCAGGUUGAAAUAUUUCAGCGAAUUAGUAAAAUGCUUGUGCAUACAUUUUUAUGUUGAGCAACUUACAGGCGCGUGAUAAGUAAUUUUCAAAAAAUGUAAUUUUUGAGUUAUUCCAUUUUUGCCGCGCUGUGUGAAACUUAGAGAAUGGGUAAAACUUCAAAGGACAAGCGAGAUAUAUAUUACAGGCUGGCUAAGGAAGAGGGCUGGCGAGCCAGGAGUGCCUAUAAACUUUUGCAAUUAGAUGAAAAGUUUCAUAUAUUAAAAGAUGUUGUUAGAGCAGUAGAUUUAUGUGCUGCUCCAGGAAGUUGGAGUCAAGUUCUUUCAAAGAAAUUGUAUGAAAAUCGCAAGAGUGAAGAUGUAAAAAUUAUUGCGGUCGAUCUACAAGCUAUGGCACCCUUGCCUGGAGUAAUUCAAAUUCAAGGCGACAUUACAAAACUGGAUACUGCAAAUCAAAUUAUUCAAUAUUUCAAUGAUGAAAAGGCUCAAGUGGUUAUAUGCGACGGAGCUCCAGAUGUAACAGGCUUACAUGAUAUUGACGAAUACAUUCAGUCUCAACUAUUGUUGGCGGCUUUAAGUAUAACAACACAUGUUUUAGCAAAAGGUGGUAAUUUUGUUGCAAAAAUAUUUAGAGGAAAGGAUACGAGUUUAUUAUAUUCCCAGUUGAGAAUUUUCUUUGAAAAGGUAUCAAUUGCCAAACCAGCAAGUUCAAGAAAUUCCAGUAUAGAAGCUUUUGUCGUUUGCCAAAAUUAUUCGCCGCCGAUAGGAUAUGUUCCACAAAUGAUUAAUCCUAUGCUUGAUGACGUGAAAUUGUUAGUUGAGGAAACCAAUUCUGAUGUUAAUAAACAGAUAAUUCCAUUUAUUGUUUGCGGCGAUUUGAGAGGAUUUGAUUCAGAUAUGUCCUACAGUUUAAACUUUUCAGACGAUGAAUCAACAUAUACUUAUCGUGAAGUUGUUCAGAAACCAAUAUCCCCUGCUUACCAAGAAAUAUUGGACAAAAUGAGAACUUGCUCAUUAAAGAAUGGUGCUAUAGUCUUGAAUCGAAUUGAAGAAAAAUAUUCUCAACAAAAAGCUAAUAAAGAUGAAAACAAUUAAAUAUAUUCUCGACAAACAAUUAAAUAUAUUAAAUUUAGUUCUAACGUUUGUAGGGAAUAUAGCGUUUCUUAAAAUGCUGAAACAUUAAAAAAGAAUUGUAGAAACAAUUUGCAAUCCAGAAAUUUUAGUCAGAAAAAUUGGUUUAGUAUAAGAUUAAAUUUUUUGCUUGAAAUUUUUUUAGAACUGAAAAUAUACUAAAAUAUAAGUUUUGUAAACAAUAAUAUAAAAAUGUAAAUUAUCAAACUUAAAGAAGAAUAAAUUAUCAAAGUACA